CUUAACGUUGUUUAGCUCUAUAAAACUUUUACACGUUUUAAAGCUUCGGGUUAAUAUAACCACGUGCGUAGUGUUCCUUUUUGCGCACGGCCACGUGCGGGUUGUUUUUCCUUCCCAUUGUUUACGUUGUUACACUUUGUUUACGAACUAUCGAUAGAUUCUAUUUUAAAAUCUCUUAUUCUUUGAAUUUUAAAAAGAAAUACACUUAAGUCGGUAAGCGGGCCCGAGUAUAUAUCUUGGUGAAAAUACAAACUUUAUAAAUAUCGGUAGAGACGUAGACCAAGAUAUUUAUUUGUACGAAGAAUGGGCUUUGUUGCCACUGGGUCGUGUCGUUGGCACCGAGAUGGCAAUGCGGAUGGUUGGUAAAUGGUUGAAAAACAGCCAUCGCUUUGACCUAUCUUCCGUCUUUCGCAAAAUUUCUGUCUAUAUAAGGAAACAAAGUCCUUAAGACAAUUAUUUUAUAUAUUUAAGUGUUAUAGACCGAACUGACGCCAUGUUACUUACCUACCUCCUUCAGACAAGGGUUGUCCCAUAGAUGCACUCGACUCACCUCUUGUCUAUUCCCCCUCCGAUUGAUUCCCCUCUUUUGAAAGCCGAAAGACGGGACAAGACGGCGACUAGCACGGCGUUUUUUCUUCAUUUCCUGUCUUCUAGUGCGUAAAAGUCGUGUCGUCACAAUGCCGGAACUGUUAAUUACGAUCUUUGGACCGGGCAGUAUAAAUAGGAGGCGUAAGAAUGAAAGCGAAUCUAUCGUCCUCCGACACGACGAGAAAGCGCUUCGACAUGAAGUGGUUUCUAAUGGUUACCAUGGUUAUCUUGCCCGUAAUAUCCGCAUCCGACCGCCAGAAAUUUGACCAGGAAUUUAAUAAGAAAUGGUUAAAAUUACCGAGCGGCGAGAAAUUAAUAAGGCGAGAACGUUCGGAUUUCGGGGACGGAGAACAACACGUUUUUACGCGAUUUGGAAAGAAACCCAAGAAGAAACACCUGGACAGAGACUACUUAAUGCAAAUUAUGGGAAACAGCUACGACGCGGACAGGCUAUCCGAAGAAGAACCUUCCGUUCUGACGGGCGCUUCGCCUAUCCCGCGCCUGGACCAAGUUACGGCUUCCUCCAGUUGGACCUUGCAGCGGGUCUACCGGGAACUGAUGGACUUGAAUUUAACGGCGGAAAUUCCUAAAUCCAACGCCGACGACGUCACCUUAAACGUCAUGAAACAGUGGUUGUUUCGGAAGGCGAUAUGCCCGGUGCGUUUCGCGUGGAAGGACAUAGGGCCUUACUUUUGGCCCCGCUGGUUAAAAAUAGGGGAAUGCGACGACGGUAAAUCGGCCUGUUCGUGGCCUUCGGGUAUGCACUGCGUGGCCGCCGAGACUAGUACGGUCCAGGUGCUCCGAUGGCACUGUUCUAGUUUCGGAAACAAGGGCAAAAAACACCGUUCCUCCUUAAAAAAGUCCUCUUCUUCCGGUUCCUCCAGGAAUAAAAAGAACUGGAAGAAAACGGUGGACGGAGACAGAAAAUGUCAAUGGAUAAAGGUCCCCUAUCCGGUUAUAAACGCUUGCACUUGCCAAUGCUAAAAUCGCUUUUUCUUUUAAAUAUAAGAAUAUGUUAACUCGAAAUGUAUGCAUUCGUAUAAAUAUAUUACAUGACAGUAUUUUUUGUAUGGUGUAACUGAAUUUUUAUACCGUUUUUUUAAUGCAAAACUCGUGGUUGUGAGAUUUUUGAAAAAAUCUGUUACAAUAAAUACGAUUUUGGUUAAGAAUUUGGUUGUGAUUAAAGUACAAGACUUUGGCUUAAAGUAUAUACACCAGGUCGACGGUAAAAAGAAAAUAUUCUGCUGGCCAGAUUCUAAAUAACUUAUGUAUUUGUUAAAUUUUAUUGUUGACAAUACGCAAUAUUCAUCUGGUUCUUUUGUUUUAUAAAAGCCGCCAUUUUGGUGGCAUUUUGAUCGAUACGAUAUUGUAUUUUUAAAAAUCUAAAUAAUAAAAUGAAAGGAUCGAAUUUGUAAUUUUGUCUUAGUUUUUGGCCCACUGAAGAUCGGGCCGGAAAAUUCAUUAAUAACCUGUCGGGUUCUACUAGCCUAAAUAUCAUUUU